CUGGCACGGAUGCGUUCGUUCAUGUCAUUCUUUCGAUGGUCCUUAUUUGCGUCUCCAGCGUCGCAUCGACUAAGGCAAGACAGAGCAACCGCACCACGCACUGACAAGAAACCAGCCAUCCAUCCCACAUGCCAACCGCCAAACCGCCGCUGCAGGCAUUGCAUUCCAUGGACUAAAUCAACCACAUCACAUCACAUCGAUCACAUGACGCACAAACACGACACAAAGGGCUGGCUGCAUGGACAGAAAAUGCCCCCCAUGCAGUGUCUCGCUGACACAUUGCACAUGCAUAUCUCUUUCAGACAGACAGACAGACAGAAAAUGGCCAUUAAGGAGAAACCAUUGACCAUCGAUUGUAUUGACACCAGGGAACUCUCUUUCUCUCUCUCUCCAGCGAUAUGCAGUCGUCAUGCAACAGCAACUAAGUCAUCCAAGCGGCAGCCCUCAUUUCACAUUCUCUCGGCCAGUGUCUGCAGAAUCUUCUGGAGCUCACCCAUCUGGCUCUCCAGCAUCCCCACAGAGGCCGCCAAGGACCUCAACUAAUGACCGAGCGAAUGGUACACAGGCCACACAACACAUGACAACACAUCACACCAAGACCGCUUUGCAUUGCAGCGUGCCGCUCACCUGAAUGACGACCAUGAGCAAGAUGACGACCAUCACCACCUGCAUGGCCGUCUGCACGCCGCCCGCCCCUGCCUCACUGUCACCCGCCCCCCUGUGUGUGGGCGUGUCGGCUGUGGUCCACGGGAUCGCCGUCGCCACCGCACCUUCCGUCUGCCUCUUGUCUGCUGCGGCGGCCGUCAUAGUGGCACUGAGGUCCGGGGGGUGAGGCCUCGGUGGAUGGUGAUGGUCCUUGCGGUGGCCAAAGGCACUGAUGAAAUCCUCCAGCUGCAGGCAGCAAAGUCGGCGAGUGAGAGUUUCGUCUGUCUGUCGUGUGUGUCGUUGGGCUCUGGCGCGGCGUACCUCUGCCUCGUUCCAUCCGUACUGUGAGGUGCCAGUGAGUGUAUCGGGGUGGUCUCGGGGCCGCUGACGCCGGCGGCAGAGGCAGCACAGGAACCACCCCAGGAAGCGGACUAGCAGCCACACCAAGGACAGGUACCCUGGCAGUCUGCCGGUGGGGGCGGCGGGCUUGGCGGUUGAUGGCAGCAGGUGGGCGCGCUCGUCCACCGCCUCGAGGCCAUGCAGACAGGGGGCACCGCCAGACACACGCCUGACGGACAGAUGCAAUUAAGACAAGACAAGACACAUCACAUACCAUACACACAGGGGCUCGGUGGCUAAGUAAGUUAAGUGGGCGAGAGGCCUCCCCUCCCUGUGUGUGCAGCCCAGGACUGUCUGUCUGUCUGUCUGUCUGUAUGCGUGUGAUGCGUGUGUGUAUGGUGGCUGACUUUUGUUCCUUCUUGAUGUGUUUGAUGGCCGCCUGCAGCCAACACUCCGCACCGCGGCGGGUGUCCUCCCGGCUCCUACACACCACACACACAGCAAAGAAUGGUGCACAGCACAGCACACGCAAUGAGGCGUCUUCCCCUCCCCCCUGCCCUGCCCUGCCUCUCCUUCUCACUUCUUGACGAUCAUGGAUGCGAAAAUGGUCUUCUUGAGAAACACCACCCCCACCUCCACAACCAACACACACCCCUCAGUAGUGGCGCCGCCAUUGUCACCACCACCACCACCACCGCCGUUGCCACUCUCUCUGCCGCCAUUCUCACCACCAUUGGGUGGCGGGCUGCUGUGCGAGGGGUGCGAGGACCCGCCGCCCAGAGAGGAGGUGGAGGGGAAGGGCAUCAGGGGGGGCGGCGGGGGCAUCCUCCGGUGGUCGAUUGGCUUCCCCGUCCCGUCGCCAUUCUCUUCGCCGCCCCAGCCCUUGAGCAUGUUGGGGUCGCUGGCGGAUGGGUGGAUGGUCGGCAGUGCGGCGUGGGGGUGCUCAUCUGGGUCUGGUUGUUGGGGAGGCUCCGAGUGGCCAUCGUCCUCUGCUCCUGCUUCUGCCGCCGCCGUGUCUCUCUCCGUCUCCCUCUCGUCGGCGUAUGACGCGCUUCGGCCGUCCUUGCCCUUGCCAAUGUCACCAGCAGACACCUCUCCCACCACGUAGAAAGGCGACACCGACCGGUUGAGCGGCACAUGGCUGACACGGCUGGGCGAUGACACACCCCGCUUGACACCGCCGACGCCACAGAAAUCCCCGCCACCGUCCAUUUCGGUGUUGCUCGUCGUCGUCGGCUCAUCUCCCGUCUCGCUUGACGAGGGCGGCAGCGGCUCGGCCGCCGCGAGAUCUGUCGCACGAUCGUGGCCGUCCUCUUGUGGCUGUGACUGUGAGGGUGGGGGGCCAGGGGAGGAGGUCUCGGAUGACUCGUUGGGGUCGCUGCCGGUGGGGAGCUGGAGGACCAUGGAUGUGGCUGCUGGGGCGGUGGAUGGUCUGCGGAGGGUGACGGCGUGGGUGCUGACGUGUGGCUGGUGGAUCUUCCACCGCUGGACGACCUCGAAUGCGUCGCCGUAGGGCACGUCCUUGGCACGAGUCACGAUCUCCAAACACAGCCACUCCCUGAGGGAUACAUCCAUCCAUCGUUGUGUCUCUGUUGCCCCUCUUGUCAGUCAGUCGGUGACUCGACUCACUUUUGGUGCGAUUCUGUGUUGGUGUGAGCGGCGAGCUCGUGCGUCUGCUCCACUCGCGUGAUGGUGGGACCCAGCGGGGUGUCCACCUGCAACCAACAACAGACACCCCACACACACCCACACACCCACUUUCCCAGGCACCGCAUAGACGAGACAAAUGCAUGUGCACGGCCAAUACUCACCUGCUGCUUGAAGUACAUAGUCCGCAAUCCUCUGUCAUCCCAGUCCCUGACAGACACAGACACACGAGAGUGCACCCACCCACCCAGCACCUUUCCUCUCUGACUCACGUGAGUUUGAUGGACCCAGCAUUGCUGUGUCUCUUAUAGUAGGUGGCGAAGUCGAAGGACGCCCCCCCGCCGAGAAAGCUCCGCUCAAACCCCUCCACACUCACCGGCACCCACCCCCGCAUCACCUCAACCAUCUCAACCUCCCUCUCCCCAUCCCUCUGUCUCUCAUGCCGGCUGGCCAUGACGUCGCCAUCACUCACCACUCGCUUCGGCUCGUCCACCAGGUGCUGCUGGUGCUGCUGCUGCUGCUGGUUGUGGUCUCCUGCGGCUGCUGUGUCGGUCUUGUCUUUGUUUUGUGUGUGUGUGUGGUCAUUGCGUGAGAGUGAGAGUGUGUGUGGCUGCUUGGGCAUGAGGUGGUCUGCGGGCGAGAGCUGGGGCUCUGCGGAGGUGGUGGGGUCCGUGUCGGCGUGGGUGGGGCUGGGGGGGACCUGCACACACAACAGACAGACAGACAGACAGAGAGAUGGAGGGAUGGAGGGAUGGAGGGGUGGAUCGGCGCAAGAGCACUCACUCACGGCACCCACCUGUACAUUGAGUGGUUUAUCGUCGUCCUGCUCGUCUGUCGGGUUCUCGUCAUCAAUCACAGCGUGCGGACACUGACUGCACACACACACACGAACAGAAAGAGAGAGUGAAACAAAGAGAGCAGAAUGACGACCAUCCAUCCAUCCAUCGAUCUCCCUGCCACCUCCCCUCGUCUCCCUCCCUCACCUUUUCCAGAGCACAGUGAGCAGCUCAUAGGCAUCCUGCAGCCUGCCCUGCUUGAACGACUUAAAGGUCAACUCGCGGGGCGUCCUGAACGACACCGAGGCGGUCUUGCUGGGGGCCAGCUGCCGCCCGCCCGAGGGCUCGGCCACCACCACCACCGAGAGGAACUUGUUGUGCCGCAGGAAGCGGCCCUUCUUGCGGCGGAUGAUGCGGAUCUCCUCAAACAGGAUCUUCUCGCGCAACUCGAUGCCUGUUUGCAAGGCAGACACACACACAGACACACACACACACACACACAGAGAGAGAGAGGUGCGUGUGCUCGGCGGAUGGGUGUGAGUGGAUGGUUGUGAUGGGCACUUUAGGGACCUUCCUGUCUGCCGUAGAAGAGUAGGUGUGUGGAUGUGCAGAAGAGGGUGCCUCGGAUGGUGGCAUUGCCGUUGACCGAUGCGCCGCACUCAAAGUCUGCACAACACCACACGACACACAACGGACAGGGACCACCGUGGUGUGUGUUGACGGCUCACCGCCUUCCCUCCCCUCCCCCUCUGAUCUGACUGACCGUCGUAGACAUCUUCAGUGGCAGGAAGCCCAAAGUCCCGCAGCACCAGCUCCUUCAAACGCUGCCCAUUCAUCACGUCCAUCCUCACUUAGUUACCCACCAAUAGAACGCACACCCGACAGGGAGGGAGCCCGGUGAGAGAUGACUGUUGUGAGUCAGUCAACAUCUUCCACCCGCUGUCAAGCGAGAUCAAUGCUUCUUCUGGGAUCUCCGGUGCUGCUGAACAGCUUCCUCUCAGC